CAGGGAAGGGCCGUAGUAGUAUUGUAAUAACACCGAUAUUACAUUAUUACUGAUUGCUAUUACUGAUAAGGAUCCAAAAGUUAUUGGCAAAACUGCUUGUAUGCCAUGCGGUCUACUCGUACGUAUCUCUAUAUCUAUCAUUGUAUCCAGAUAUGUAUAAAUGCGGUUAGUAAAUCAAAACUUUCAUGUGGAACGAAAAUGUUUCACUUGAUCCUAAGCGCGUUCAAUACAUAAAACUCGACAUGAAAGUUUGGAUUUACUAACCGCAUUUAUACAACAAUGAUAGAUACAGAGAUGAAUGUCACUGUUGACGUCGCGAUGCCGGCCGGUGUCUUCUUUUUUCAUGUCAUCUUGAAAAUGAAGGACGCACGAAAUAGUGAAGGCUCAAAAACAAGAAAAACGCCUCGCGUGCAAAAGCUCGCCGCGCUCUCGCUUCCUGUUGCGCAAGCGGGCGACGGGCGCCCCGACGUUCGUGUCACGCAAUCCGACAAACAGGAAAGCGUCUUCACGUUGGUUCUCUGGCUUCGACGACUCGGUGACAUCAUCCGUCUCGCGGGGCCGUCCAGGUGUUCGUCUCGCCGCGUCGGAGACGGACGCGACUCGCAAUCGGUCCGUCCGUCCGUCCGUGGGACUCGGGGGGGGGGGGGGUCGUCCACCUUCCGAGACGACGGAGGGGGUCAAAGGUCGAGGCCCCGGGUAAAGGCCCGCGCGCCGUGACACAAGCGUGGAGCGUGUCAACACGGUCACGUGGGCCCAAGUCAACUGCAACGUGAGCUCGGUUUCAAAGAAAAAAGGGGGAGUGGCCGGGAGGGUCUGUGGCUCCGCCCCCUCGUAUCACUUCUGUUUUGACUCGGCAGCGUUUUAAUGAACAUCAGAGACGGACGGACGCACGACAACCUCGAAAGGCAACGUCGUCGACGACGCUCUGGAAGAAACGCGGGGAUGGAGGACUUCAUGACGGACUCUGUGACCGAGAACCCCUUGUACGACGAAGCGACGGGCAGCACCGACGACUACGAAUUCCCGGACCUGAUGUGCAACCUGUCGUCGGUGCGGGCCUUCCGGCGGGCUUGCGAGCCGCCGCUCUUCUGGAUGAUCGCGCUGGUGGGCGGCGCCGGGAACCUGGCAGUGGUCUGGAUCUACCUGAAUUUCCGUCGGCGUCUCAAGACCAUGACAGACGUGUUCCUGCUCAACCUGGCCGUGGCUGACCUUCUGUUCCUGGUCACGUUGCCCCUGUGGGCGGCUGAGGCGUCUCACGGCUGGACCUUCGGCGCCGCCCUGUGCAAGGUGACGGCGGCGGUGUACAAGGUGAACCUGUUCAGCUCCACGCUGCUGCUGACGUGCAUCAGCGUGGACCGCUACGUGGUCAUCGUGCAGACGGCCAAGGCCCGCAACUCACAGGCCGAGCGGCGUCGCUGCGGAAGACUGGCGUGCGGCGCCGUCUGGCUGGCCGCCGUGCUGCUGGCCGCGCCGGAACUGGCCUUCGCGACCGCCGCGCCGGCCGAGGCCGACGGCGGCCAGCGCGACUUCUGCCGGAUGCUGUUCCCGCCGCACGUGGGGAGGCGCACCAAGAUGGCCACGCUGUGGGUGCAGGUAAUCAUGGGCUUCUGCCUGCCCUUCGCCGUCAUGGCGGCGUGCUACGGGGCCGUGGUGGCCACGCUCCUCAAGACGCGCAGCUUCCAGAAGCACAAGGCCAUGCGCGUGGUCCUGGCCGUGGUGGCCGUCUUUCUGCUCACUCAGCUGCCCCACAACGCCGUCCUGGUGACGGAAGCGGCGCAGGCGGCCAACGUGACCGUCACCGACUGCCGCGAGCUCAAGCGCUUCCUGAAGGCGGGCCAGGUCCUGAAGGGCGUGGCCUACCUGCACGCCUGCCUCAACCCCUUCCUGUACGCUUUCGUGGGCGUACGCUUCCGCCGAGACCUCUGUCAGCUGCUGCGGGCGUGCGCCCGCCGACGCCCGCGGGCGCCCUCGGACCAGCCGAGCCGCUCGGGUAAAAGUCCGCCGGGGUCCGCCAGAGCAUCCGACAGCGACACCUCGCAGGCGCUGUCGCUGUAGGCGGGGCUUCCUGUUGGCGCCAUCGUCGGGACUUCCUGUUGGCGCGGCGACGGUUGCGAGGACAGGAAGUGUGACGGUGCAAAAGUGCAGACGAACUCCGAGCAGACAAAACAAGCCGCAAGAACUUGAUUGUCACGCCUUUUUAUUCACUUCCUUUCUACGCUUCCUGUUUUCUCCUCAAUAUCAUCUGAUGACUUUUACGGUGAGGGUUGGGGUGGGGGGCAUCUACAGACCGAUGAGCGGUGGAGGGGGGAGGG